UACCUUUGUGGCGCGCGACAUGUUUGAACUUGAUUGAAGUGUGCUUGUUGAUGUUGUAGUCAAGUUUUUGCACGAUUUACGAUCCCUAGAGUUGAAAGUAAGCAUUAUUUUUUCUUCAGUUUUAUUGAAGUCGUCACGGGAAUUAGGUGACGAGUCCUGAGUCCGCGGAGAUCUUUUAAACAAAUUCUGGUUUAUAAACGAGUUAGCGGUUAAUAGUGAGUUAAGUCAGUGAUUACUUAACAGCAGAAUUUAAGUCAUAAAGAAAUUAUUUUGAUUUACAAAAUAUAAAAGAUAAACACCUAAUUUAAUACGAAGACCCAAGUUAUUUGUAUCUAUCGGAUAAGAAAGGACACAACCUGAAAAUGUUUCGGUUCGUCUGUACGUCACUGCUACUCAUAUUGGUUGUACAUGCACAUGCGCAACCAUUAUCAUGUGGAGGAGACGAACACUGUGCGGAGGGAUAUUACUGUGAGACGGAAAUAAAUAUCUGUCGGGAAUGUUUGCGAUGCGAAGACUUUAAUCGACAGCCUCCGAAACUUUUGAGUGAAUGCAUCAAGUCAUUGGAUACAUGUGGCCUUUGUAACGAAGGUUACAUAUUCAUAAACGGAGCUAAAGGAAAAUGCGUCUUACCAGAGUACCUAGACUUCGGAAGAGGUUCCCACUAUAGAUAUCUGUGUCUGAUCGCUGUGGCAGUCGGCCUGGCCUUCGUAGCCACCUCUAUGUAUAUUAUAAAGCAGAUCGCGGGGUUUCGCGUCGUCGCCGUCACUUAUUAUGAUGAUGUCGGGAAACUCACACUGCACUGCACUCCGAUACUGUCCCCAAAGAGUCAUUGGGAAAUACUUGAUGCAAUAGCAUAUGAUCAAAACAACAACACAAACGAGUAGUGGGAACGUGAACCAGUAAAUUAAAAAGUACUUUCGUACUUUUAAUUUUCUAAAAUAUAUUGUAUUUUUUUCUAUGAAUAGUGCCAAAGUUUCGUUUUUUAUUACUAUCAUUUUUAUCUAGCGUGUAAGCCCAUGUUAUGG